AUGGCUCGCAACACUUGGCAGACUGUGCCGAAGAAACUUGCACCCAGCAAAUCAAAUAAGCGCAAUCCAACAAAAGUCAAUGCCUUCAGGAAGCUGUUUCCCGCCGACAGCCAUCUCUUUGCAGGCGGGGUCACUGGCCGGUCUGUGGCAGAUGUCCGCAGACUCAUCUAUGCCCAAGUGUGGAGCCGUGAGCGUCGUGACGACUUCAAGAGCGACUUUGUUGUGUCGGAAUAUGGCAUCGAUCGAAAUGUGAUGCAGUAUUCUCAUUACUACGACCAACAGGGCUACCUGAGGCGGGAGACGCAUUACCGGAACCGCCCCAAUCUCCUGUUUGUGAACAAACAGAUCUCCGAUGAUCUCCUACAGUUUGUCUACUCCAUCAACACCUUGGAGAUCGAUGUCGACCUCAAGAGUCGAGAUACGCCUGAUGCCAGAACCUCCUUCAACAACAUCAUUGCCAGACUUCGCGGGAACCCUUAUUUCCAGAGAUUCACCCAGGCCCUCCGUGUCCGGAUUCAUUUUCCUGAUGAUUACCCGCGUCACAAUCUCCCCGCCAUUAAUCAAGCAAUCCUUGAAGAGAUUUCAGGGUUCAUUGAUGGUUGUCAGAGCCUGUCUGCUCUUCAAAUCCAUGUUGUCAUGAUGGAGGGUAUGAACGACUAUGAACUUAGAUAUGCAGCAUUCCCAUUCUAUCCUCUCAAGUUCACCGGAUGGAAUAUUUCUGUCCUAAACUUGCAGACCUACCGAUUCGAUCGAGUGCAAAAUGAGGAAGUGCAUCACCUGAACAAAGCUUGGGACCACUACAUCGCACAUGGUACCUUGACUGCAAAGAUUCCGCAAAGCCAGUCAAAGAUGUCACAUGUGCCCACGAGACCAGGCUCUCCUGAGUCAAUGACCCCUCAGAACGGCGGCUCCCAGAACGGCGGCUCCCAGAAUGGUGGAACGCAGGAGGCUGCCUUAAAGGAACGUGCCACAAAGAACAAGAAUGGCAGCAAGAAAAAGAAGGCACGCAAAGCUGGAGAUCAAGUCACACCCCCUCAGUCAGCGCCUCCGUCUGUUGCUGGGGAUCAUGUACCCCUACAGAAUGGGGAUCCACCUUCACCCCCAUCCACCCCCACGACUCCGAAAACGCCGACAGAGGGCUCGAUCGGUAUCUCUAACACCGGAAAGCAAUAUGAGUCGAGAUCUGGAUCAGUUACCGACGAGGACCAAGGAUCGAUACAAGAAGACAGAGUCGUGGAGAAGACCAUAGAGGCUUCGAAGGAGAUGGGCAGUGAAGAAACCAAUAUUCAUGACUCUUCUGGCCAUGAGCAGUACCCGGCCAUCCAUCAGUGCAAAGAGCAUCCCGAAGAAUUCCCCAGGCCUGUGAACAUUCCCUUGUCGCCAGCAAGAUCGGCUUCUAGCUCCGCUACCUUAGGAAGAGGUGCAUCAAACAAGCAGGUCUUCGAACUGAAGAAUAAUCUUGCUCACAAGAAUGGUACGGUAGCUAAGUACCUCGAGGAUGGAUGCUCAGUCCAAGUCGAGGACCGAGAUCCGCUCGUGAACAAGAAAGCCUUAAAGCGAAAGCGGCAGCGGGAGAAGGCAAGACGGGAGGCGGAGGAGAGGAAGGCUGCUGCCGAAUCUCAGGCUAACGAGAGCGAAAUCGAGGCCAGUCCCAUCCAAACGCCUACUUCACCGGCUCGAAUUGAAGUCGAUGCAGGCGAGACCAAUCUCUCCGAAUCACCUGCUUCUAGCCCAAGACGGAUUGUCGUGUACAGUCCAACGAGAUCUAGACGGGCGGCGUCCCGAUGCGACAGCUUGCCUCCUCGAGUCGACGGCUCAUCGUAUCCUGCCAAGGUCAAAAAGACGAAGAAGAUUAAGUACACAGAUGACGAUAUGCUUCAGCGAGGUUUCAUACCAUCUGUUGAAAUUGGUCGCGUGCAAACCAUCAUAUCUAUGGAGGAUGGAGACGACGACUUGACCAGCCGUGUAGCUCAGGCUGAUGACGAUGAGACUCGAGUUGUGGAAGAGCUUGAGGACAGUGAAGAUGACCCGGAGGGGGAAGAGUGGUCGAGCCAAGAUAACGACGACGACGAAUUGUCAGAUGGUUCCAGUCACUGA